AUGCUGCUGCACCUGCAAACCGUCCGGUUCCUCUGCUCCGUCGUCGCCGCCUUCGCUCGCCUCGUCCGCGAGCUCCGCAAGGCGGCCGCCAUGGCAACCGCCGCAUGCUCUCCGUCUCCUGUCGCUGUACUCACUGCACCCGCCGUGUCGCCCAUCGGCCUGAUAGCAUCCACGCCGCUCCCGAAGCGAAGGAAAACGCUUGCGCAGGCUGCCGUCCCGGAGAACCUGCUCGUCGCGCCGCCGCCACCGGUGGUGGUUCUUCCUCUUACUGCAGUGGUGUCGGACGAUGUCAGUGGGGUCGGGAUGGUAGAGCAACAACAAGCUGCUCAGAGCAUGACGAAGACGAAGGCCGCGUGGGCGGCCAGGAGGAGGCCGUCGAGGCUCGUCAUACCGGUGGCGGACGACGCUGGCGAGGUCGCCGCCGGCUGGGGCGUGGCUGCCGCGCCGGCGAAGGAUGCCGACGUGGAGGUGGAGGGGGACGGGUUUUGGCUGGCCAGUAGAGCAGGACCGAGGCAUGCGAUGGAGGAUGCGUAUGCUGUGGUCACUGACAAAAAUGAUGCAGAUUCUCAGCUGGCAUUCUACGGUGUCUUCGACGGCCACGGCGGCCGCGCGGCCGUGGACUUCGUCUCCGAACGUCUAAGCAAGAACGUCGUGUCCGCGGUCCUCGCUGCCACGGGGACGACGGAGACGCGCCGCGAAGCAUUGUCGGAGGACGCCGUCUCGGCGGCCAUCAGAGCGGCCUACCUGGCCACCGACAGCGAGCUCCUCACGAAGCAUCAGGAUGCAAGCGGCGGUGCGUGCGCCGCGACGGCGGUGGUGAAGGGCGGCGACCUCUACGUGGCGCACCUGGGCGACUGCCGCGCCGUGCUGAGCCGUGACGGCGCCGCGGCCGCGCUGACGGCGGACCACACCUGCGCGGCGGAGGACGAGAGGGCGCGCAUCGAGCGGGAGGGCGGCUACGUGAGCCGUAGCGGCAGCGGAGUGUGGCGCGUGCAGGGCAGCCUCGCCGUGUCGCGCGCGUUCGGCGACGGCGCGCUGAAGCAGUGGGUCGUCGCGGAGCCAGCGGUCACCAGGGUGCCCCUCGCCGCCGGCUGCGGUUCUUGGUCAUUGCGUCCGACGGGCUCUGGGACAAGAUCAGCAACCAGGAGGCCGUCGAUGUCGUCUCUAGGAGCCGGGCGACGGCGUGCGUGGGGAGCUCGUGGACAUGGCACGGCGCAGGGGAGCCAGGACGACGUCACCGUCAUGGUAGUCGACCUCCAGAGGUUUGUAAGAUAG